GUCAGGCUCAAGGCUCAGUUCUCCCUUCCAUUUGCUCUGCACCAAUGUCGACGUCCAUGCGCGCUGGGCAGCAGCUGCCGUCGGUGAUGGGCUGGGAGUCGUCCGAGUUCCCCAUCCUAUGCCAGACGUGUCUGGGCGACAACCCGUACCUGCGCAUGACCAAGGAACAAUACGGCAACGAGUGCAAGAUCUGCUCAAGGCCAUUCACCAUCUUCCGCUGGCAGCCUGGGCGGAAUAUGCGGUUCAAGAAAACGGAAAUCUGCCAGACAUGCGCCAAGCUCAAGAACGUCUGCCAGACAUGCAUCCUCGAUCUCGAAUAUGCGCUGCCAGUGCAGGUCCGUGACCAGUUGAGUGGGGUCGCCAACGAUCUGCCGCGGUCGGACGUCAAUCGCCAGUACCAUGUCCACAAUAUGGCCAACGCGAUUGCCAACUCGGAAAACCCUGCGCUGGCAUCGCCGUACACGGGCACGCUGCCACUGGCGCAUGGAUCGCUGUCGGCAGAAGCAGUCGUCAUCCCUGGCGCGACAGGCGAGGGCGGCAGCAGCAGCAGCGGCAACAGCGGCGGUGAUAAUGCCCUAGCUGUGCUCUCCGCGUCCGAUGUCUCAAAGGUCGGUCCUGACGCCUUGAGCCGACUUGCACGUCGCGAGCCAUACUACAAGCGCAAUGCUGCACACAUUUGCACCUUCUUUGUCAAGGGAGAGUGCAAGCGAGGCGAGACAUGUCCGUACCGUCACGAGCUUCCCACCGAUCCCUCCAGCGCGCUCGCCAAGCAAAACAUUGUCGACCGCUACUAUGGCACCAACGACCCCGUCGCUGCCAAGAUGCUGGGCCAACUGGUCAAGAUGCCCAAGAUUACGCCGCCCGCUGACAAGUCCAUCACCACGCUUUAUGUUGGAAAUCUGGAUGACUCUAUUUCUGAAGACGACUUGCGAGACUACUUUUAUCAGUUUGGCGAAAUCCGAUCCAUCACAAUAUCAAGAAAGGCCGCCUGUGCGUUCGUUGCCUUCACAACGCGACUUUUUGCUGAGGCAGCUGCGGAACGCUCGUAUAACAAGGCGAUUAUUCACGAUCGCAAGCUCAAAAUCAUGUGGGGCAAGUCGGCAGCCAAUCAAAGCUCGUUUGGUGGAGGCAGCAGCAGCCCUGCCAAUGGCGCAGCCGCAGCUGGUACAGUUUCUCUUCCGCCGCCUCCGCCGACCGCGUCUGGAGCUUCCGGUAGCCUUCGAUAUUCGUCGCAAGAUCCUCAGCGCAUGGGUUCGAACAAGGGCGGCUUUGUCGACCAAUCUUGAUGGCAUUUUUUGGCUGCAUUUUUUUUUCUUUAUGGCCAUUUUUUUUGUAUGUUUCUGUUCCUUUGUUCAAACUGGGUGGUUGUCCACUCUGAUGUGUGCUUCUAUUGCAGCUGCAGCUGUUGGAUGAUGAUGUUGUUCAAUCUCGCCGUUUAACCUUCAACCUUCAAUGACUGAUCAUUUUCACUUUUUGUCGCUCUUUCCUUCCUUCUUUUUCUCCCUUCCUUCCAAUUCGUUCUGUUGAGUGUGUGCUUGAAUUCAAUCCGCA